UCAAGAGCAACGCAUGUAAGCGUUCAGCAAGUUCGCCUGCUUGAAAAACGUUGUUUCUUUUGCUUGUAGUCAUUUGCAUUUACGAUGGCUGACACAGUUAUAUCAGCGAAAUACCCCCCACAUAUUGAUGUCACGAAAACACCACUUGCCUAUGGAGAUCGUGCGUUACCACGACUGAAUCAGGAACUAAAUGACAGCAACCUACUUACACGGCAACGAGCUGUGAUGUCACUGUGUGACCAUCUACAUGAUCCAGAACAUAUCGCUGAAGCCUUGAGAUGUGGUAUUGCUGAAAGUCUGUGCAAGUUACUGUCAGACCCUGAUAUUACAGUGAGACAAAAAUCCACACAAUGUCUCUAUGUUAUAGCAGGUCAUGCCAUUGGCAGAGAUGCAUUUCUUGAUCAUGAGAUCAUCAUACCACUGUCAAAAUUGUUCAACGAUCAGGAGGAUAUUGCCAGGAAAAAUGCACACAUGGCUAUGGAAAUGGUGUCCGAGACUCCACCUGGAGCAGAAGGUAUUGUCCUGGCUGGUCUUGUGGAUAUCCUAGUCGAGAAGCUACAGACAGAACUUGUCGAAAUUCAGAAGAUUAUUCUUGACACAUUGCACUUCUGCAUGAGGGUGGACACAGCAAAGGCUCUCGAUGCAGGGGCAAUGGAAGCUUUCACAAAAUUACUUACUCAUCAAUCACAUAAUAUUCGGGCAAAAGCAGCUAGAGAUAUUAUGGAUUUGAGUGUUCCUCUUGAGGGCAAGAAUAAAGCAGUUGAGGUGCAGUCUGUCCCACUGCUUGUUGCACUACUUAAAGAUGAUCAACCGGAUGUACAGGGCAAUGCAGCUGGAGCUCUCAUGAGCAUAACUAUCACAACAAAAGGAAAGUACACAGCAUUAGCUGCAAAUGCUAUUCAGCCGCUGGUCAACAUUGUAAACAGCCCAGUCAGUGAGGUCAGAGCGAAUUCAUUAAAGGCACUGACUUGUCUAUCGGAGGCACCUGAGGGCAGAAAAGCACUUCUUGAAGUUGUAGAUAAGAUACAAGAAAGGAUAGAUGAUCCGAUACCAGCCGUAGUGAAGGCAGCAACAAUUGCUGUGAAAGUUAUCACAUGGAAGCCAUGAACAAUGUGACAGCUCAAAACAAUUCUGUGGAUAUGUUUAGAACCAAAAAAGUUCAUAUAAACAUGGUUGUAGCUGAACUUACAUGUGAAAAGAUUUUUUUCACAUUUUAUUGGAUAAAAAAACAAAAACAGUUUUGUAAGAAACAUGUCUUCUAUAAAAAAAAAUCCUCUGAAAAGUCAGUUAUGAAGAGAUUUUCUUCUUUUGAUUUUGGAAUCAAAAAUAUAUUUCAUGUUAAUGUAAAUAUCUGUAUUAUAUUCAUUGUUGUCUUA